AUGGCAGAGCAAAGCAAAGUGAAGCUGCAUGGGAUGUGGGCAAGCCCUUAUGUAAAGAGAGUGGAACUGGCUCUCAAACUGAAGGGCAUACCCUACGAUUAUGUAGAAGAAGAUCUGUGGAACAAGAGUGAGUUGCUCCUCCAACUCAAUCCAGUUCACAAGCUGGUCCCAGUUCUUGUUCAUGGUGGAAAACCAUUAUGCGAGUCAUUGGUCAUCAUCGAAUAUAUCGAUGAAACAUGGCCCAAUGCCCAUAGACUUCUGCCUCAGGAUGCUUAUGAGAGAGCCAAAGUUCGGUUCUGGGCCACCUUUCUUCAGCAACAGGUGAGAAAUAUAACUUACAAACUGCCUUUGUACAUGAAUUCAAAAAAUAAUCUAGGUGUGAUGGGUUUGAGUGAUGGAAAUAGUCUUUUUCUAUAUGACCACGUAGCAAAGGUCAUCAGACGAGAUGGGGAAGUACAAGAGAAGGCCAUCAAAGAAGUGCAUGAGAAGCUGCAAAUUUUGGAACAACACAUGGAAGAAAUUUUUCCAGGAGGCAAUCCUCUAGUUGAAGAUCAAUUGGGUCUCCUAGACUUGAUGAUGGCUCAAACAAUGAAUGCCAACAAAGCUAUUGAGGAAGCCUUUGGUUUGAAGCUUAUAGACCCAGAGAAGUAUCCAUUGGUAUAUUCAUGGAUGACAUCUCUCCAUGAGAUCCCUGUGGUGAGAGAGACGGCUGCGCCAUCACAUAAAAUGGUGGGUCUCCUUCAUAUUCUCAGGAAGAUGGGCCUUAUGGGGCAUGACUUAUAA